AUGAUUCCCAAAGGAUUCCGCCUUUCGACUACGCAUCUUCUUUUCUACAUUUCUACAUUCGUCAUAGCGACACAACUAUGGUCUCUGUGGAGACAAUCGGCGAGAGGCGGAUGGUAUUCGCAUGAACAUCGAAAAUGGAACUUCGACGCAGACAACCACGCAAACAUCCACACGUUCAGUCACGAACAAUGCGACAUUUCCUUCCCAAAACUAUAUCACAGUCUCGACCAGUCACUGGUUAGGCGGCAAGGGCGAAAAGUGCACAUUCAGGAUAUCGAGAUUGCAAAGGGCAGAUGUAUGCUCCGACUGAUGAUCUAUGGAGGCGAGCUCUUCGUCGUCGACUCGGGCAAGCCGGAAGAAUGCUACGUAACGAACGGAAACGAGCGUGAGCGCAUCCUUGGUACACUUGCUCAGAUCGAUCGAGCCCUCUCCACUUCGCCAACCUCCGACCCUUCAGUACCCAACAUCGAGUUCUCCCUCUCCCUCGACGACCUCCCCCGACGAUCCAAAGGCAAGGGUGUUUUCUUUGGCUACACGCGCAAGGAAGGGCGCGAAUACAACGACAUCUGGAUGAUGCCGAACUACGCCUACUGGUCAUGGAAUUAUACACAUGCUCCUAGCUGGAACAGCAUCCGCCGGGAGAUUGAGCUGAAGGAGAAGGAAGUUCCAUGGGAGAAGAAGGACCCACGAGUCGUUUGGCGCGGCAAGAUCAAGAUGGCAGAGCUCCGGAAAGAACUCGUGCGCGUCAGCGAAGGAAAGCCCUGGAGCGAUAUCAAGCCCGUUGUGAUCAAUAACGCCACAGACGUACACACCAAGGAUGUUAUGAAUUUGAGGCAGUUCUGCGGAUACAAGUUCACGGUGCAGACUGAGGGCACUUCUUACUCGGGACGACUGAAGUACCUCCAGCUGUGUCGCUCGGCGCUCGUCACACAUCCCCUCGAGUGGCAGGAGUUUCACACCCAUCUCAUGCGUCUCGCUGGGCCGGACGUGAACUACAUCGAAGCGUCAGAGAACUUUGGGAAUCUGGAGGCCGCAAUGGAUUACUACCGUGAGCAUGAUAACGAGGCAGAGGAAAUCGCGAGGAACAGCUACGAGACGUUCGCGCGGCGAUACCUAACUCCGGCAGCAGUGACUUGCUACUGGAGACGUCUUUUCUGGACCUGGUCGUCGGUUCAAGGGUACGAGCCGCAACUUUACACACCUGAUGAGGAUGGCAAUAUGGUCAUGCGAGCAACGCCCUGGACUGCAUUUGCAGCGAAUUGGCCCCAUGAUCCUUCGAUCAUCCCGUGA